GGUGUUUCAUUCAAUUGAUUUCGUUUAAGUGUACUGCAUGUUCUUUCAUUAUUAUUAACUUUCAGUUUGUAUUUGUUUCGAGGUUUGAAAAUAUUAUUAGGUAAACUAUUUUAAUACUUUAUACAGAUAUAACUACCUACACACGCAAAAAUGUCACGAAUUAUAUUUUAUUUGUAUUCUCUGUUUUUCUGUGUUCAAUGAAAUAUUUAUAUCCGUCGUGCAAAAAGUGACCAUAAGUAAUAGAAAUAUUUUAAUUGAAAAAAUAUAUUCGAUAUUUUUUUAAAUUAAGAAUUACAUGUUAAAUUGGUUCCUAAAUUAUUAAUGCUAUCAUUUUUGGACAUUUUUUUCGUAUAGGGGUGAAAUAAGGCAUUAAACGUGUUUUUAUAUUAAGUCACAUUUUGCAAGACGACGAUGAAUUAUAACUAAUUAUAAUCUGUGCACCUACACAUUUUUUAGAAUAUGUCGGAUUAUCAAUUAUAUUCGGUUACUGAUGGUCCCGUAUCGUUGAUCAGUCCGAUGGAUUGUUCGAUUCCAGAAUAUUUACCCCUCUCUGAAUCAUUGGCACCGCCUGAAGUACACAAUAAAAUCAUCACCGCCGUCCCGUUCGCAAUAGAUUAUACACGUUUUAUCAAUGAGUUUUCGUCAAAACGCCAACCGUCUCAACUACGAGAAAUAAGUAACUAUAUGAUAUUUUAUGAUCAUAUAAUAAUAAUUUUUUUUUUUUGUUUUUGUUAAAUAAAACCAAAAUUUUUUUAUUCUGUAUAAUUGUAUUAUAUCUUCAGCUAGGUUGGUGGAAAAACUACCUCCCCAUUGUAUAAAAUUCGGUGUAGGAAUACCAAACGUACUGACAUUUCCGUUCGAAAAGAUCAGCGUGGAACUAAUUGGUGGCAAAAAUAUAGAAAUUCAAGGUCAAGAAUUGUCAGACGCCUUACAGUACAUGCCAUCGAUAGGGUAAUUGUUUUAUUACGUAUAAAUAUUCGAAUCAGUAGCGCAACCAGAGUAAGUCCUCAGGACUGAAAUUCUCUUCUGUCAGACCGUACAUAAUAAAAAUUGUUAAUUUAGUCUGGAAUUUAAGGGGGAGGGGGUUAUCAACUAUCGAUUUUGUGUUAAUAUAAGUAUUUUUUUGAACCAGUCUUCUUUAAACAAAUUCUGAUUGCGCCACUGAACCAAAUUUAUAUUCAGUUCGUAAGUAAAACUGCCAUUAUUUUUUUUGAACGUUUUUCAAUAACUAUAUGAUUUAAGGUGUACACAUUUAUAUGUCAAUGCAUAUUUCAUAUUUUAUAUAAAUUUUUAUUAAAAAUAAUUUUUAAGAACUAUGAUACUUCGAAAUAAUUUACAAAAAUAAUUUUUUUUUUCGUAUUUUUGCAUGUUUAAUCGUAUUUCUUUACUCCCUAUUUAUUGCAUAUUUAAAUGAAAAUAAUACGCCACCACGAAACAUUUCUUAGUUAUCGCCGAAGUGACAACUUUUUUACUGUGCAUAUAUUUUUAUCAUAUUUACUAAUAUUAUUUGAAAAAAAUUAACAUUAAUUUUUAUUAUAUAUGAAUCCGUGACUAAACCUAACCUAACCGUGUUAUGAAGCAAUCUUCUUGGUUUUUAUUUUUUUCACUUAUCUGAAUCACUUAAAUAAUAUUAUAAUGAACAAUCGAAAAUAAUAAAUUCUCAACUAAACUAGCUAUAAGGGAUAUAAAUUAAAAUAAUAUAUUUUACAAUAAUUUCGUUGUCAUUUAAUAUAAUAGUCGUAUUUAUGUACAGACAUAUCGAUAUCAUUUUACAACAAAAGUUUAAAUCGUCUAACGAGACCGUUGAAAACUGUUUAAAUAUUCGUGACAAUUAAACUCGUUAUAAAUAAAUUGGUGAAUAUUUAUUUAAGUUUGAUUAUCAAUGUACUAUAAUAUCAGUAUACUAAUAUUAUAUAGGUAUCAUAAUGCACCUGUGCAAUUUAUUAUGUUAAUUUACUUACUAUACCUAUUAUUAUUAUGAUCAUACGAUAAUCAUAUAACAAAUACAAUUUCGUAUCACAUAACAUUAACCCGUACGUUUUAACUAGCGUUUAACUAAUAUUGGUUGAGAAAAAGUAAUAUGGCCGCAUGUACGCACGUUUCGAUAUUUUUUGUACAAUGAACUUUUUUCAAACCGUAUUGUAGGUGUUAUAAUACCAUUGCUCAAUAGACGGAUUAAAUAAUAUUUUAAAUAUAUAUAGCUUAGUUAAUUUGAUUAUUAUAAUUCAUAAAACAAUUUAUUUAGAUAAGAUAAAAUACGUUUACUACAAAUAAUUUAAUGUUUCUGAAUAAAGACUACCCAUGUAUUUAAUACGUCAUGCAUGAGACAUAUGCCUAUUAAGCGUGGCGCUUAAUGUAAUUUAUCUAUUAAUUUUAUCUUUAGUGUUUGUGUUUGUUUUUGUAUACAACUAAUAAACAAAAAAAUAGAACGUUAAAAUUACAAUUUGUUUUUUUUUAACAAACUAUAGUAUUGAACGGCAAAAAUAUCGUAAAAAUAUAGAAAAUAUUAUACUCAAAAAAAAGGUUAUAUAAACAUGUGGCCUAAAAUUCCGUAGGUAAUUAAAUUUUAAAACCUCGUAUUAAUUAAUUAUAAGUACUAUGUACCCAUCUAAAUUAUAAGUAAAAUAUCAAUUUUAAAAUGUAUGAAAUCUGUUAGUGUUUAUAGUGGGAAAAAUUAAAUUAUAAUUAAAUUUAACAAUAUGUUUUCUAGCAUAGUAAUAGUGUUAAGCUCAGUACGGUUAUUAUAUUACAAAUAAAAUUUAAAUGACUAGACAAAUAAAGUUUUAAAUAACUCGUUUGAUUUACCUAAAUAUGCGUAUUGUAAUGAGGUUAGGUGUAUAGAAAAUACAAAACAACUCAUAAAAAAAAGAUAAAAUUAAUUUUUUUUCUAUAAUACCAAAAAUAUAUUAUAACGUUUGAUUAAAAUACAUAAAAAAAUUACAAUUGAACUAUUUGCGAAAAUAAAGAUUAUUUUAUUUAAAAACUGAAUAAAUCGAGUACUUUUAAUAGUCAGAAUAUACCGUUUCGAAAGGUAUGGGCCUCUGAUAAAGAUAUUGCAAGAAAUUCAAGACUGGUUCCACGGACCUCAAGAUUGGAAAAACCGAUCUAUCAUGAUGACAACUGGCGGACAAGAAGGAUUAUCUAAAGCGGUGAACAUGUGCAUGAAUUGUGGUGAUCCAGUGCUUAUGCCCGAUCCUGUAUAUACCGGAGCCAUUGAUUUGGUAAGUUCGAUUGCAUUUUUAAACAUUAUUAUCAAUUGCUACUCUCGUCAUGAUCGCUGUUGAAUAAUAAUCGAAUGGUCUUUAAUAAAUAAUGUAAAUACGUUUGUAUAGUUCAGACCAUAUGACGCAGAUAUCAUACCGAUAAAACAAGAUGCUUACGGCGUAGUUGUGGAAGAAAUUGAAAGAGUAUUGAUAGAGAGAAAGAAGAACAUGCAACCUAUACCAAAGGUAUAUUUUACUAGAUUACUAGCUAUCUCGUGCCCGGCGUUACCCGUGCCAAAUUAGUAUUAUUAUUAUAUUACCCAAAUUCAUUUUUGGUUUAGGCCGUAUUAGAAUUAAAUGAAAACAAAUAGGUGGAAAGUGGGUAGUCCACCUUUGAUGGACUAAAUGUGUUCUAUUGGAAAAUUUAAAUAGUGUAAAUAAUAAUAAUAAUAAUAAUAAUAAUAGUUUUCUUUUCCGUGGCAACCCUUGAAUAAACGAAAAUCCUUUAUAAAUAAAACAAAGUCGAGUUAGUUACACCAUUUAUAACUCAAGAACAACUGUACCGAUUUUGUUGAUCACAUGAUAUUUUCCGACUAAUAUCUAAUAAUAAUUAAUCACAGUUUUUUUUCAUUCCUGUUACCGGGGUAAAACAUAUCAACAAAAAAAAUUAUAUUUAUUAUAUUAUAAGCUGAACUAUUUGGUGUUGCUCGUGUAUAUAUAUAUAUAUAUAUAGUGAGUGGAGAUAGGAGGGUGAAAAAUGCUUUACGACUUAUUCUCAGACCUAUCAAAUAUACACAAAAAAAUUAAUUUAAAUCGGCCAAGCCGUUUCGAAAGAGUCCAAUAUCAAACACUGUAACCAGAGAAUUUUAUAUAUAAGAUAAUAAUAUGACUGGUUGGUUAUUUUAAUUAUAAAGCAUAAUCAAUAUUCGAACAGAUUAUUUAUUUGAACCCGACCGCGUCGAAUCCCGCCGGCACUACAUUGCCCACGCACAGAAAACGAGAAAUUUACCGGUUAGCUUGUGAAUAUGAUAUGCUCAUUCUAGAGGACGACCCAUACUACUACCUGCAUUUCGGAAAAGUAUAAAAUUGCACAUUUUCUUCAUAUAUUAUGAAUUGUAUAUAAAUAUUGGCCACCUAUAUUAUUAAAUAAAAUACGAUUAUUACAGGAGAACCCGGUCAGUAUUUUGUCGAUGGAUACAGAGGGCCGUGUGCUUAGAUUCGAUUCGUUUUCGAAAAUCAUGAGCUCCGGUUUGCGCGCAGGCUUCGUGACCGGGCCAACGCGGUUGUUGCGGCAAAUGGAGCUACACAUGCAGACGUCGUCGAUGCAUACGUCUUCGUUAUCCCAGGUACUCUUGUACAAGCUUCUGUUCAGUUGGGGCAAAAAUGGUUUGACGUCUCAUUUUAUGCACGUCAAACAGUUUUACAAAGAAAAACGGGAUCACAUGAUGCACGCAGUCGCGAAUCAACUGACCGGUAAGUGCAUAUACAUCAAACCAGAUUCCCACACCGUCUGAAAUACAAUCGUAUUACAAUGUUUCCCAACGGGAGGUGGUGGGGGAAUUCACCCCUAGGGAGGAAUUCAAGUACUACUUGGUGGUUAAUAUAACGAUACUGAAAUUUUAAAAUUUCCAAAUUGACCAUAUCUAAAAUUAAAAACGAUAAAUUCAUAUUUCUAAUAGAUAGGGGGAGAAUGAGAUUUUUAAAAAUCUACGUAGAGUAGAAAAAAAGUUAAGAAUCACAUUUUAUAUUGUUUUAACGUCUAUCAAAUAUACAGGGUUGGCCGAAUGGAGCGCACCCACCGGUGGCAUGUUCCUCUGGUUGAAAAUCAAAGGACUGAACGAUACUAGAAGGCUGGUCACUACUAGAUGCCUAGAUAAACUAGUGAUUUUGGCACCGGGCUACGCAUUGGCAGUUGAUACCAUGAAACCGAGUCCGUACAUUCGUGUUUCGUAUUCCAUUGCAUCACCAGAAGAAGUAAAGCUGGUACGUAUUUUAUAACCUUUUUCAUACAUUUAAUGAAUUAAAAAUUUUGUUCAUUUGUACCAAACUACAAAAUAAAUUAUAAUUAUGUUUUUUGGUCAAAAAUGAUUGAAAAUUUUUUUUUGGCCCAAAUAAUUUGUACCCACAAUAAUCGGAAAAUAGUAUAGGUGCACAAAAUACAGUUUUGAGCCUUCUUUAACCUAAUAUUUUUGCUCUUCACAUGCUCUUCCUAUCCAUCAUUGUUUCUUACAAAUGUUUUUAUAUCCCCCUAAAUUUUUCUUUGAUCUUUCAAUCUCUGUCUCUAUUUCUAUCAUUAUAGAUAAAUUUUCUCAUUUAUCUUCUUGGCUAUCUGAUCGUCUCGACAAUCGUCAUCUUUAUUCUUUCUAUCUUCACUAUCAAUAAUAUUAUAGUAUUUUUAUUAUAAUUGUUUAUAGGUAUAUUUUAAUGAAAUGUAUAUUUUAUUUUUACAUUUAAGAACAAAUCUCAUGAUAUUAUAUUUAUUUUGAUUCUAGGGAAUAUCACUAUUGGCGGAAGCUAUACGAGAAGAACUACAAUUGUGAUAACAUUGUUUUUAUUAUACCUGAUAGCAAUAUUUUAUCAUAGUUAUUGUAAUAAUGUUAAUUUUUACUUUUUUUACUAUUUCUAAUAUUUAAUAAUUUAAUAAUGUAAUUUGUGUAAUGUAUAUCGACGAAAAUAGAUCGCUUUGUUUAUCUUAAUACUAUUUAUCGGUGAUUUAUAAUCUGGAAAAAGACACGAUCGCUUAUUCAAAAUUCCCCUGAAUAACUCCUUGCAAAAUUAUUUUAAAAUUAAAUUAAUUUGUUAAAAUAAUUAUAUUUUUUCGAGGCAUUUUUAACACGUUUCAGCUUAGGUGCAAUAGACAAUAAUUAUAGAGUAUUUCGUUAAUUUAAAAAUCGUUUUACUUACAUAUAUGUAUAUAUACAUUAUUAUUGUGAUUAUUUAUUAUACUAGCUGUCCCAGCUAGCAUUCUCCGUGCUAAAAGAAAUAUUAGAUAAAUUAUUUUAUAUGCUAUUAUCCGCACAGCACAAUGAUUUCACUACAGUAAUUAAUAAAUUAUUUUUUUCAUCCGUGUUACUAUGGUAACCCAUAAAAUUAACAAAACUGAUAAGAUUAUAUAAAAAAUACCUAAAAACCGAAUUUAGGGAAUGGUAUUCAAUAGGAAGUGGAUUUUAAUAGCUAUAGAUUUUUUCUGUACAACAUGUAAUAUUUUAUAAAAAAGACCGCAUAAAUCCAUUUUCGAGAAUGGGGAUAUUGUCUUGUUCAUCAAAUUAUUAUUUUGAUCGUCGUUUGUUAUAAAGCUGUCAGUACAGCUCUCAGCUUUACUGAGUAGAUAUUUUUUCUUAAACACUAUUGUCAUAAGUACUAUACGUUGUUCCAGGAUCUAAAAUACAUCUGAUUUCAGUGGAAUUUUUUAUUUAAUUAGUAGCAUUGAAAGAUGCCCAUAGUAUAAAAUUAACCUGUGAGGGGUGUAGCCCUUUAUAUAUAAUAUAACUUACAUAUUUAUAUUAUUUAUGACAAAUUUGGACUAAAUCUUAUCAACACAAAAUAAAUAUAAGUAAAAGUUCAUGUAUUCAGUUGUAAUCCGAAAUGAUUGGCAAAUUUACUUUUACUUGUAAAUAAUCAUUAAUUAUAGAAAGUAGAACGACCAAAAGUUUUUAAUACAUUAUGAAAUUAAACUAACAAGAUUUAUGAUAUUUGUUUAAAAUUGAUUAUGAGUAAGUUGUUAAGAAUUUAAAUUGACAUAUUAUAUCAAAUUAAAUAUAUUUAUCAUUUAAUUUAUUAUGUGUUGAAAUUUUAAAAUAAUUUAAUUUCUACAAUUGAAACUUAAUAUUCAUGUUAUAAAACUUGGUACGCACGUUUGGAAUUCAGGGCAUACAUUUUAAUUUUCAGGAGACACACUGUUUUAGGUCCUACAUUGUUCAUUUUAUUGUUCGUUAUAUCCGUUUAUAACUAUAGCAGCAUGUCUAUGUAUCGUGAGAUUAAUUAAUUUAAUUUCUAUAACUAUUACGUCAUAGUUAGUAGGUAAUUAGUUAUUAAUUAUUAUUAUUUUUUUAUAUUUUAUUCGUCGACUGGUUUGGCAUUAACUUUUAUAUUAAUUUUUUUUUAAUCAAACAAAGAUAUUACAUUUUUAUUAAUAAUAAUAAUUAUAAUAACUUUAAACAUUUUGUCACCACUUAUUUUUUAUUUCCUUUACGUCGAUCCACCUAUUUUCCAAUUCCGGUAUCUAUUUAGUGGCCAUCAGGCUGUCAUCUUUGAAAUCUUCGUUUUCAUCGACUUCCCUCCUCAUUUACUCUGCCUAUUUCCUUUUAAGUUAAGUAUUAUGUUUUAAGUAUAGUAAGUGCUAUAUUAAUAAGACCUCCAUUGUUUGUAUAAUUUAUAAAUUUAAAUCGAUUUUUGCAAUCAUUAAGCGUGACAAAAUAUGCACGAAAAUUUAAUAAAACAACC